AUGCCAACCAAAACCAUCAAAAUUAUAUUUAUUGAUCCACAAAAUCGUAAUACAUUAGUACAUACUGGCUUACAAGUGGAUUCAAUGCAUUUCUUAGCUGAACCAGCCAUGCAAAACACAAAGCCGGUGCGAUGCUAUAUAUGCCUUCAAUACAAUCAUGUAGCAAAAUAUUGCAAAACAAAACAAAAGAUAUGUGCUCAAUGUGGUAAAAAUCAUCGUAUCGAUCAAUGUACUGCUGCUAGUGAUGCAUUAAAAUGCAGCAAUUGCAAAGGUAAUCAUUUAGCAACAUCAAAUGAAUGUGCAACAUUUAAAGAACAAGCAAAAAGAAUACAAAAUCUAAUUUAUUAA